AGAAAAUAUUUUAGCAGAGAAAUAUAUUUUGGAACUACAAUCUUAUAGAAAGAGAAAAAAAAAGGAAAGAAAUUUUCUUCUUAAAGUGCAACGUUUAAAGAUUCAUCAUCGAAUAAAUUUAUAUAUCAAAUUAAGAAAUAAAAUGAAAGAAAAACAAGCGGAACAAAUACUUAGCGUUUUAUAUAUUUCCUGUGCACUUUUAUCGAUAAUAUCUUUGACUUGUUUGGUCACUGUUUGGCAAUAUUGGAAAUAUGCCUUGGAUGUUUGCGAUAGUAUCAAUUGCGGCUGCAUAUUAUAUAGUAUUAACACCUUCGCUAGUUUUACUGGAGGUGAUGAGAAAUUUUGUCAUUUUGGCGUAUAUGGUUUGAUUCCUAUAAUUAUUAUCGGUUUAUGCCUUGGUGGAUAUCAUGGAUAUAGAAGUUGUAUUAAUAGAAAUUUAGAUACGCCUAUACAAAUUUAUAACGGUGUUAACAGAAUAUAUAUUUUCAGAAAUUUAAACAGCACAACAGUGGUGAUAAGACCUAAAAAUCGAACUCCGUAUAAACAAUGGAUACCUGCUGUGUUCCUUACAAUAUUAUUUUGCUGUUUGUCAUUGGCUCAUGCAAUAGUGAUGACUGAUGGUUAUUACAAAAGUUGUGAGCAAUAUAAAAAAAGAUUAAUAUAUCUUUUAAAUUCUGGACGUGAAGCCGAGGUUAUUCGUAACAAACUUUCUUGCGGAGCGAUUUUUGAUUUUAUGGAUUAUUUACAAACGGAUAUGACAGAUAAUAAUAAAUGGAUAAUGAAUAAAGAGAUUGAUACUGGUUUUGCUUUUCAAUUAGCUAUUAUUUCAACAUGGUUGAAUUUCUUUACUUGGACAUUUGCGUUCUUGCUGAACAUUAUUAUGGCACGCAAAAGAUUUCGUUGAUAUUAAUAAGUUAUCGAUUAAAAAAUUUCUUAUUAAAUAUAAUAAAUUCAAAUAUCAAUAGUUCAAAUCUUAUAAUUGAUCUAACCUUAUAAAUGUAAUUAUUAAUGCUAAUCAUAGAUUAAUUAUUUUUUUUUCAAUAUUAUUAUUUAAUUAUACUACAUUGUAAUUAUACUAAACGCAUUUUUAUAUCUUUAUAAAUAUCACAUUUUUUAAAUUUUUUGUUAGAUAUAAUAUUCAAAUAUAUAUAUAUAUGUUUAUUAUUCAUUAUUAUUCAUUAUAUAUUUUAUUCAUAUUUAAUAUAUUAUAUAUAUAAUAUAUUUUUUUAACGAUUACAAUUAUGAAAGUUAUAUUGUAGGUAAUAAAAAAAAAAUAUGUACAAAAAAAAGAAAGCCGAAGAAAGAAAGAAAAAAAGGAAGAGAACAUUAUUCAUUGAAAUAAUACUGACAAUUAUAAUAUUAUAAUAUCUAAUGUAAAAAAUAAUGAUUUAAAUAAUAAUAAUAAUUUAAAUAAAAUUUAAAAA